AUGUCUCGGGGCGCGGCGGGGCCGCUGCCCCUGGGCCGCCUGGCCGAGCCGCUGCUCCGCAGGCUCAGCGAGCUGCUGGACCGGGCGGCGCCCGGCAAGGGCUGGCGGGAGCUGGCGCAGCGAGCGGGGAGCCGGGGCACGGUGCGGCUGAGCCCUUUGGAUUUGGAGCAGUGUUCCCUCCAGGUGCUGGAGCCAGAAGGCAGUCCCAGCUGGAGCCUCCUGAAGCUGCUGGGAGACCGUGGGUGCACUGUGGUGGAGCUGGUGGAGUCCUUGCAGGCCCUGGAGCACACAGAGGCUCUCCAGUGUCUCGGCCAUGCAGGUAUAAAGAUUGUUGUACAGCCAGACUCUCAAGCAGUGCUCUCCGGUCAGGUGGUCAAGCUGUGUUGCUGGGCAACAGGGCACCCAUUUGUGCACUACCAGUGGUUCAAGCAGGAAAAAGAGGUUCCCCAUGGUGAUUCUCCAGAGCUGGUUUUGAAUCCAGUGAGUGUAAAGGAUUCUGGCUUUUACAUCUGUCGAGUGAACAGUGACUGUUCUUUCGUGUUCAGUCGGUGGGCACGCCUGGAAGUGUGUGAGCUCCAGGGUACAGCUCAUGGGAGCUUGGUGGGUUUGCCUCAAAACAAACUGUGCAUUUGUAUUCAGCCUCAGCCACAAAACCUGACAGUGGGGGAUGCUUUGGUACUAGAAUGUGGAGCUGUUGGAAACCCAAUUCCUCGUUACCAGUGGUUCAGAAAUGGAUUCCCCUUGGCAAAUGGGAGCAAAAAUGUCUACACAGUAACUUCUGUGGACGUGGAACAUCAAGGGACAUACUGGUGUCACGUGUUCAAUGACCACGAGGAUGGAGACAGCAAGAAGGUGGAAGUCAUUAUAGGAAGGAAAGCAGUGGCAGUGGAGUGCACAGAAGAAGAUUUUAGUGAUCUUCAAGAAUCAGCAGACCCACAAGAGCUGUCAAGUCACAGACCUGUUGCCACAGACAAGGUGGCUCUGUUAAUAGGAAACAUGAGCUACUGGAAUCAUCCCCAGCUCAAGGCUCCCAUGGUAGAUGUCUAUGAACUGACCAGUUUGCUAAGGCAGCUGGAUUUCAAGGUCGUUUCUUUACUGGAUCUUACUGAAUCUGAGAUGCGAAACGCAGUGGAUGAAUUUCUGCUUCUCCUGGACAAAGGAGUAUAUGGUCUGCUGUACUACGCUGGGCACGGCUACGAGAACUACGGGAACAGCUUCAUGGUUCCCGUGGAUGCUCCCAACCCCUACCGGGCAGCCAACUGCCUGUGCGUGCAGGACAUCCUGCGCAGGAUGCAGCAGAAGCACACGGGGCUCAACGUCUUCCUGCUGGACAUGUGCCGGAAAAGAAACGAAUAUGAUGACACAGUUCUUAUCUUGGAUGCUCUGAAGGUUACAGCCAAUAUUGUUUUUGGAUAUGCAACGUGCCAAGGAGCAGAAGCUUUUGAAAUUCAGCAGUCGGGGUUGGCCAAUGGCAUCUUCAUGAAGUUCCUGAAGGAGCGUUUGUUAGAAGACAAGAAGAUCACUGUUCUGCUUGAUGAGGUUGCAGAAGAUAUGGGCAAGUGCCCCCUGACCAAGGGCAGGCAAGCCCUGGAGAUCCGCAGCAGCCUGUCGGAGAAGAGGGCACUGACUGACCCCGUGCAGCAAAGCACAGCCUCGGCAGAGUCGCUGGCACGGAACCUGCAGUGGGCCAAGGCUCAUGAGCUUCCAGAAAGCAGGUACCUUGAUUUUGAGUGUGGUGUUCAGAUCCAGCUGGGGUUUGCAGCUGAGUUCUCCAACGUCAUGAUCAUCUACACAAGGAUAGUGAGGAAGCCCCCAGAAAUGGCUCUUUGCAGAGCCCACGUCACAGACUUUGCUCUCGACCUGGAUGUGGAUCCUAAAUUGGCUAAUAAAGGAACUCCUGAGGAAACUGGAAGCUAUUUAGUAUCAAAGGACCUUCCCAAACACUGCCUUUACACCAGGCUGAGUUCACUGCAAAAACUAAGGGAACACUUGAUCUUCACUGUUUGCUUGCACUAUGAGUAUUCAGGAAUAGAAGAUACAAUGGAUGAAAGAAAGGAAGUUAAUGUUGGGAAGCCCCUUAUUGCUAAAUUAGGCCUUCAUCAUGGAUUCAAAACCAGUAACUGUCCCCAUACCUGCUGCAUGGCUGGUUAUCCUUUUCAUAAUUCAAUGGAAUCGAGUCUUAGAGGGGCAGCUGAAUACUACAUCCCCAGCCACUGCCAACCAAAUUCCUGUCCAGGUGUUUACCACCCAAACUGUACUUGCUCAGCCAGCAUCACACAGCCAGAGGCAUGUUCCUGCAAUGGGACUUCCAGGAUAUUGGCUUCAAGACAUGAAGUAUGGAAUUACUCACCCACUGUGGAAAAGAGUAAUGUACCAGUAGAGACCACUGAUGACACUGUUGAACUGGAAUUCCUUCUCUCUGACAGCCUCAGCUUCUCUGAACAGCAGUAGCUGGGAUGUGUUUGGAACAGACCUCCACAGAGCUCUGCAGGGUGCCUGCUGGGUAAAAAUAACCUGUUAUCCUGAGAGUCCUGCAACUGCCUCUUUGGCUCCAGAAGAGCAUCUGCCCCGUGGAACUGUCCACUAGGAGAUUUCAGGGCUGCUGUUGCUCUCUCUGUAGUUACAGCUUUGGUUCAUGCAUCAGCUACUUCUCCUCAUUCUGUCAGCUAAUUAGGAGCUUUGGCAGCUCCCAUACAUUAAGUUUCUGGGCCAUGUUCACCUUGACAUAAAUUCCUGACUGCUGCAGGGAUGAGGCGUUUCAGUAUCGCUCCUUCCUUGCGCAGAAUUUUAAUUCAGGCGGAGUAAGAUCCGCUCGCUUUUUAGAGUGCAGCAUUUUGAGCACCAAGGUGUUUGCUGUGAACAGGAGAUACUUUAAAGUAUCAGGUGUGGGGGAGGACAGGUUGGCAAUUUGAGGGAGUUGGGUUUAUUUUUUUU